UUAUUCCGGACACCAUGACUCCCAAUCUGGCCUGGGGAGUUUUCUGCUCUCUCAGUGUCUGCCUGACGUUCCUCCGGCUCCCUCCCCCCUGCCAUGGGGGAAAGAUCCUGGUGUUCCCCGUGGAUGGAAGCCACUGGGUCAACAUGAAGAUCCUGAUGGAGGAACUCCACGCCAGGGGACACAGCCUGACGGUGAUCCGAGCCUCCAACAGCUGGUACAUCCCAGAGGAGUCUCCUCUCUACGACUCCAUCACCCUCAGGGAGGACCAUGCUUUCGACAACUUCUUUGACGCCUACUUAGAGAAACACAUGAAGGCUCAGAGAGAGAGGGCGUCGGCUCUGACCUUCUUCAAGCUCACCCAGCAGUUCAUGUCCAUGAUCUCUGAGGCCCACCUUCUGAGCUGUCAGAUGGUCUCUCGCCUGCUGGACGACCAGGACGUCGUCAAAGGCUUGAAGGAUGCCCAGUACGACCUGUUUCUGACGGACCCUGCCAUUGCAGGAGGGGUAGUUCUGGCUAAGUACCUCCAACUGCCCCUGGUGCUCAACGUCCGCUGGAUCACCAGCGGAGAGGGGCACUUUGCCAUCGCCCCCUCGCCCCUCUCCUACAUCCCGGUGCCAGGCUCAGGCUUCACAGACGAGAUGAACUUCAUCCAGAGGGUGAAAAACGUACUGUUCUACAGCAUCAUCCUGUACCAGCAGAGGUUCAUGGUGGGGCCCAGCUAUGAUGCCCUUUGCCAGAAACACAUAGAGGGUGGCUGUGACGUCAUUUCCCUCCUGCAGGAUGCAGACAUCUGGCUUUUUAGGUCAGACUUUGUGUUUGACUUCCCCAGACCCACCAUGCCCAAUGUGGUCUACAUGGGGGGGUUCCAGUGCCGGCCGGCCCAGCCCCUGCCCUCAGAGCUGGAGGAGUUUGUUCAGAGUGCUGGGGAACACGGAGUGGUGAUCAUGUCCCUGGGGACCCUGGUCAACACUUUGCCCAAUGACAUCGCAGAGGAGAUUGGCAGCGUUUUUGCCAAGAUUCCGCAGAAGGUUAUCUGGAAUUAUCGGGGCGAGCGUCCCUCCACUCUGGGCAACAACACCCUGCUGGUGAAGUGGAUGCCCCAGAAAGACCUCCUGGGUCACCCCCAGACCAGAGCCUUCGUGGCCCACGGAGGAACAAACGGAGUCCAGGAGGCCAUCUACCACGGGACCCCUGUGGUGGGAAUCCCUCUCUUCUUCGACCAGCACGACAACCUGUUGCGUCUGCAGGAAAGAGGAGCCGCUAAGAUCUUGGAGCUGCCUGAUCUCGACGGACCAAACUUCCAUCAGACCCUGAAGGAGGUCCUCCACAACCCCAGCUACAGGCACCACAUGCAGAGGCUUUCCCGCCUUCACAGGGACGCUCCUAUCAAACCUAUGGACAGCGCCAUCUUCUGGCUGGAGUUUGUGAUGCGGAACAAGGGGGCUCCUCACCUGCGUACCCAGGCCUACAGGAUGCCCUGGUACUCCUACUACUGUGUGGACGUGCUGCUGCUGCUGCUGGCUGCAGGGGGGCUCCUCCUGGUCUCCACUGCUGCCCUGCUCAGACUGCUGUGCUGCAGAGGCCGGAGGAAGACCAAGACCAAGCUGCAGUAACUGCACUCAGAGUCGGACCUUCUUCAACCAUCGCUUUUUUUUAUUUAGGAUUUUUGAAAUGUAGAAAAGGUUCUGAUGCAGCAAACAGUUGAGUCUCUGUUUCACAACUGGUUUGACAUGAAAUUCAAGUAAUUUGAUCAAGUGCAUUAUUUUCUAAAUAUAUAUAAAUAAAA